AUGAUUGGCUCACGAUAUGGCUACCACUGGGGAGCGGAUCGCGUGGUUCCUUGGUCGAUUUUGCAAACGAUGCCAGACGGAUAUGUGUGCUCUGUUUGGCACACCCCGCCGCCAUUGCUGACUCCGGACAACAUUGUCUACUCUGAGUUUUCUGCAUCGUAUCCUCAUCUAACCCAUGUAGAGACGUUCUGUGUAGUUCGCGAUCCAUGGGUCCGCAUGAUCAGCGAAUUCACAUGGCAGCUCGAGAACCGCGACUGGCUGCGCAGAUUUGAAGGCCAACAUCGCCAAAAGUCGUGUGUGGGCGUUCGCAUGCCUCUUCUUUGCAACAGGGAUGACUUCAAGGAAUCACUGCGUGCGCCUCGUUAUUCCUGUGAUUGCCACUUGUUGCCACAGUGGGCCUUUGUGGAAGAUGGCGGCGUAACAUUUUGCAAGCACGUUCUGCCAAUUGAGAACUUGUCUGCAAGCUUCAACGACCUCAUGGAAAGCCUUGGAGAAAUCGCGCGGCUUCCACCAGGCAACUGGUGGAAAUACAAUCGUGGCAAAGCAUGUGCUUCCUUGUUGAAGUUCUUGCCCACAGACGAGCUGUACAAUGAAACAGCCCAGCAGGCCAUGAGAGAACACUUUGCCCUUGACUUCCUGCAUUUGGGCGACUCCAGUCGAAGUUCUGUCAAAGCGCAGGCGAUGCCUGCAUGA